UCAUCUUUUAAGUCAUCUGUUACGUUUGACAGGUGAAAAUAGCUGUCAUAAAUAGUUUUAUAAUUUCAUUCUUAGAUAGAGACUAACAAGUAAUCAUGAGCACUCCGAAAGGCAAAACUCCGGAAGGAAAAAGAGCCAGGGGUCAGGGACCAAAUGGCUUGAAAGGAUGCUGUUGCAAACGGUCGCAGUGCAUCAAGAACUACUGCGAUUGCUAUCAAUCCAUGGCCAUUUGCUCCAAGUUAUGUCGCUGCGUUGGUUGCCGGAACACGGAGGUUCGUAAGGUCGUGGACGCCAGUACUGGGUCCAAGAAUUCGAGUGCCACGAAGAGGGAAAAGGCGAAUGCAAUGAGUGCCAAGGCAGCAGCUGCGGCUGCCAAGGCGGGCAUCAGUGUGCCGAUGAAGGGUCUGCAGGCUGGCGGAUCGACAGCUGGAAUAGCCGGCAAACCUGUGGCCGCCAUACCCUUUGGCGUUGUGGCCAGCCAACAGACGAUUCCUGUUCCCCCCAUUGCCAUCAGUGCUCCCCGUCCCCUGGCAACGGGCACCACUCCAAGCAGUGUAACAAAGCCUCCGGUGGAUUCCGUACCCGCACCUCCCAUUAUUCCAGUCCGGCAGGAUGAACGCAGGGAGCGUAACCUCUUUGUUCAGCCGGUCAAUGCUGCUGUGCUGGAAUGCCUGCUCAUCCAGGCCACGGAAGCCGAGCAGAUGGGCUUAAAUGAGCUCCAAGUGGGCCAGUUGGUCCUUGCCGAAUUCGUGCGCAGUUACAAGGGGAUCUUGGAAAAAAUCUGUGAAUAUAAUAGAGAUUAUUUUUAAGUGUUUCGUAUUAAACACUAAUUUCUUUAAUUAAAACGACUAUUAAAAUUCAA